AUGGCGCGGAUUGAGAAGGCUUUCUCGGCGUUCCGGCGGCACAGCAGCCUCGAGGUUCUCCGCCGAGGCGCGCAGGCGCCUCCUCCUCCUUAUCCUUCUCCUCUCAUUGCCUCUUCACCGGCCGCCAGCUCGUCUGCCUCUGUGUUCCCUUCCUCUUGUUUAGGCGGCCUCACCUUCCAGGAGGUGCUGGCGCGUGCGCGGGCGCUGAGCAGCGUCUCCGCGCUGGCGGCGGCCUCUUCCUCCGCCCGCUGCGCCUCUGCUUCGUCUCUGCUUUUCUGCUUGCCUUCUCCGCGUUCGCUUUACGCGGCGACCGGCGCAGCCUCUGCGUCUGCCUUUGCUUCAAAACAUGCGUCCUCUCCGCCCUGCGCGCCUGCGCGCCGUGCGCGGCGGGCCUUCGCCUCUACGCCGGCCUCUGAAGUCCGCGACAGCCUCUGCAUGCUGCGUAACAUUGGCAUCAGCGCACACAUCGACAGCGGGAAGACGACGCUCACCGAGCGCAUUCUGUUCUACACAGGCCGGAUUGCCGCCAUCCACGAAGUCCGAGGCACUGACGGAGUCGGCGCCAAGAUGGACAGCAUGGAGCUCGAGCGAGAGAAAGGCAUCACCAUUCAGUCGGCGGCGACAUACUGCUCGUGGGAGCUGAAGGAUCCCUCUGCAGCGACCGCGCGUGCCGCCGCGCCCAAGGCGAAAGGCGCGCCGGCGCCCGCGCCCAAGAGCGACCAGACGUACAGCAUCAACAUCAUCGACACGCCUGGGCACGUGGACUUCACGAUUGAAGUCGAGCGCGCCCUCCGAGUUCUCGACGGCGCGAUUCUCGUCUGCUGCGGAGUCGCCGGCGUCCAGAGCCAAACGCUGACUGUGGACAGGCAGAUGAAGAGGUACUCAGUUCCGCGUCUUAUCUUCGUCAAUAAAUUGGAUCGUGACGGCGCAGAUCCCCAGCGUGCGCUCGUCGCCCUUCGCCGGAAGCUUGGCAUCAGCACAUGCCCUCUGCAGUUGCCGAUUGGCUUGGAGGGUCGCCAUCGGGGUGUCGUGGACAUCAUUAGGCGGCAGGCGCUGUACUUCGACGGCGCGUUUGGCGAGCAGGUUCGCGUCGAGUCGGAGAUCCCUGCGGACCUCCAGGCGCCUCUUGAGGCCGCGCGCUCGGAGCUGCUGGAGACGCUCGCUGACCUCGACGACACCUUCGCCGAGAUCUACCUCGAGGAGGGCGACGAGAAGUGUACGGAGAAGCAGAUCGAUGAGGCGAUCCGAAGAGUCACGAUUCAGCGACGCUUCGUGCCGCUGCUGAUGGGCUCUGCCAAAGGCAACAAGGGCAUCCAGCCUCUUCUCGAUGCCGUCUGCAGAUACCUCCCCGCGCCGAAUGAGAUUCCGCAGGUCGCCUACGACCAAGACAAGCAGGAAGAGGAGGUCCCGCUGGUCGCCGACCCGAAGAAGAGUCUCGUGGCCCUGGCCUUCAAAAUUCAGGAGCUCCCUGUGGGUCAGCUGACGUAUUUGCGGCUGUACCAGGGGCGUCUGCGGAAGGGUGACUCGGUGGUGAACGUCACCACGCAGAAAAAGUCCUCGCCAAUCAAGCGCAUUCUGCAGAUGCACGCCGACGAGGCGCGCGAAGUCCAGCAGGCUGUCGCGGGAGACAUCGUCGCCGUCAGCGGACUCGAGUGCAACAGCGGCACGACCUUCACCUCCGACGCCGCCUCGCGCCUGUCCCUCAGCUCAAUGUUCGUCCCCGACCCAGUCGUCUCGCUCUCCGUCAAAGUCCCGAAAAAGGACGACCAGCAGCGCUUCGCCAAAGCUCUGAAUCGCUUCCAGAGAGAAGACCCCACGUUCAGAAUGACCGUCGAUGAGGAGUCGAAGGAGACCCUGAUUUCGGGCAUGGGCGAGCUGCACCUGCAGAUCUAUCUCGAGCGCAUGAGCCGCGAAUAUCGGCUGUCCGUGGAGACGGGCGAGCCGAAGGUUAACUUCCGCGAAACUGUCACGCAGAAAACUGCCUUCGAAUAUACACACAAGAAACAAUCUGGAGGCGCAGGCCAGUAUGGCAAGGUUGAAGGCUACUUCGAGCCCAUCACAACCGACAGCGAGGAGAUCGACGCGAACUCGCCGAUCGAAUUCCGUAGCGAACUGGUCGGGAACGACAUUCCGCCAAACUUCAUUCCCAGCAUCGAGAAAGGCUUCCGCGAGACUGCCAAGAAGGGCUUUCUCUCGGGGCAUCCAAUCAUCAACAUGCGCGUCGUGCUCAAGGGCGGAAAGGCACACGAUGUCGAUUCCUCAGAUAUCGCUUUCCGCCUCGCUGCCGCCGGCGCCCUCAGGGAGUUCUACGAGGCCGCCUGUCCCAUCGUCCUGGAGCCCAUCAUGUCCGUGCAGGUUUCGGUCCCUGCAGAGUUUCUGGCGGCGGGCCUGGGCACAAUUAGCCGCAGGAAGGGGACUGUGACAAACACCACUCGCCAGGGAGAUACGGUGCUCCUGGAGGCAGAAGUCCCGUUGAAAAACAUGUUUGGCUACAUCACUGAUCUGCGGUCCUGCACGCAAGGCCAGGGGGCAUUCACCAUGGACUUUGAUCGCUACCAGCCGAUGCUGUCGACUGAGCAAGACGAACUCCGCGCGUCAUACCAGGCGCAGCUGCAGAAAGGCGGCAAGUAA